AUGGAGGGGCACGUACGACCCGAGAAGGACGUGGGUCCACCCCAGACAAACGACCCCGAGCUUCUUCACGAGAUCAAUUCAAUAUUCAAGGCCGAAGAAGAGAGGCUAGAGCAGACCUUGACUCGGAAGAUUGAUUUGCACAUUCUUCCCUUUGUCGUGUUAAUAUACCUGUUCAGCUUUCUAGACCGAGUCAAUAUCGGAAAUGCUCGCUUGUAUGGUCUAGAAGAAGACUUGGGCCUAGUGGGCGACCAAUACCAGGUUGCCGUAUCCAUUCUAUUUGUGACUUAUUGUUUCUUCGAAGUGCCCUCAAACCUAGUGAUAAAAAAACUGAAGCCGUCACGUUAUAUCGCAACUAUCGCUGUACUGUGGGGUAUCAUUGCCACUCUUACAGGUGUUGUCCAAAAUUAUGGCGGCCUCAUUGCAUGCCGAGUACUACUCGGAGUCGUGGAGGCGGGACUCUUCCCAGGAUUUUUGACCUACCUCACCAUCUUCUACAACAAGCGUGAGAUCGCCCUACGAACGGGUUACUUAUUUAGUAGUGCCGCCAUCGCCGGCGCGUUUGGCGGUCUCCUCGCCUACGGGAUCGGAUUCAUGGACGGUAUCUGUGGGAUGCGCGGAUGGCGCUGGAUCAUGAUUCUCGAGGGCAUUCCGACCGUUCUACUCGGGAUCGCGACCUGGUUCUUCUUAGCAGAUGACCCGGAUACGGCAUACUAUCUCAACAAAGAAGAGCGGGCGCUUGUUGUGCGUCUUCGCAGCCGUUAUGUUGGUCAAACGGAAUCGGCACAGAAGUUCCACUGGGCCGAUGUGAAGGAGGGUGCGCUUGACUGGAAGAUCUACGCAUUUUGUAUUGGUCAGUUUGGUGUUGAUACCAUGUUGUACGGGUACAGCACUUUCCUUCCUACUAUCAUCGAGGGGAUGGGAGAUUGGUCUGUUCCUCAGGUCCAGGCUCUGACGAUUCCUUGUUACGGAUUGGGUGCUAUUGCCUACCUUUCUGUGGCUUGGUUGAGUGACAGAACGCAGCAUCGUGCGUUAUUCACCUGUCUUUUCAGCGCGAUCUCCGUGGUCGGAUAUGGGAUUCUCAUCUCCGAUUCCUCCUCCGGUGUUCAUUAUUUCGGUGCGCUGAUGGUCGCACUGGGACUGUAUGUGACUGUCGGAUUACCGCUUGCCUGGCUCCCUACCAACCUGCCUCGAUAUGGUAAACGCACGUUUGCUACAGGUUUGCAGCUUACCUUUGGCAACAUCAGUGGUGUCAUGUCCCCAUUCUUGUAUAAGAAUUCCGAGGGGCCGCGAUUUGUCAGAGGCAAUGCUGUCACGCUGGGCUUGGUAGGAUUUGCUGGUGUUCUAUAUGGUGUGAUGUGGUUCUGCCUUCGUCUCAUCAAUAAGCGUCGUGAACAGGGACUCGAGGAUGACAAGAUCACUGGCCUGACGGAGGAGGAAAUCCAGGAACUUGGAGAUCGGAACCCUCGGUUCCACUACAGCACCUGA